AGUUCAGAGUGGGAAGGGAACCCUGUGAAUCAGGGUUUAAAAUAAUGUAUUUAAUCAUUCUCUGAACAUUGAAAUUUUGUGGGCAUUUUCCUAUUAUCCCAGCUCCUGAGCAGAAUCUGAUUUUAAAAACGAUCCUGUGUUCUAUUUUAAACCAAAACCAACCAUUUAAGCAUAUUUUUGUCUUUUUUGAACUGACUAUAAAUCUAUGCUUACUACAAACAAGGAGGAUAGAGGAAAAUAUUUUGUUUUUGUUUUUUUUUCAAAUUCGUUUUCUUUGUGUAUCUGACAGCAUUGUGCUACACUGUCAACUCAGUGUAGGCAAACAGAAAAAAAAAAAAAAGACACCCCCCCCCUUUUUUUUUUUAAAUAGAAAGUGCGAUUUGUAAAUCCAUAGCAAUUGUCAGGGAUCUUGGAACUAUUUUUUUUCUUUCUAAAGCCUUAGGAGAUUUCAGGUUGAAGGUGUCCUGUGAAGGGUGCUCUACAUCCCAGUCUAUAGGCAAAUCUUUUAAUCCUGAAGCCCUGCAACGAACUCCAACUAAUGAAGCUGCUUCCAUCGCUACAGGUGCGGGUGGAAAUUAGAGGGCAGGCUUAACUCCCAAAGCUACUCCGAGGUCUGUGAGGCGGCGUGGGAGUUGCACAGUACUGCAGCAAUGAGGUUGUCUUGCUGGAGCAGGGCGUUUGGAGGGUGUUGCACCCUUAUGCUGAUGAGGUCAGUGGGGGGGCGGCGGUUUGCUGGGAAGGCGGGGCAGGCUGCAGUACUCUGGUUUCUUCUCUCUCCUGCAGCACAGAGGUGCCUGCUGUAGUAGCACCGGUCGGACCCGAUGCGAAGUCGAACGUGCAGCCUGUCUGACAGAGGCAGGGACAGCGGGCGGUUCCCUCAGCAUCCCCGCGGCGGCGGCGCCAGGUGAAAGUAGCUGUGAGAAAUUCUCCCCACGCUUCCUGCUCCGGCUGCUGCGGGCAGCUGUGGCUGCAGGCUCCCGAGUGGCAGGUGUUGCUGCGUGGCAGGGGACGGGCGGCUGCGGGGCAGGGGGCUCUUGGGGCAGAGUUUGUACAGUUGGCUGGAGGCUGCUGCGCUGCCCGGAGAUGGGAAGGCAGAGCCUGCGCUCGGGCAUCCUCCUGUUGGCGGCCCUGGUGUCUCUAAAAGGCGAGAAGCUGCCAAGCUGCGAGGACGCUCGGAAAGUUUUCCAGCUGCUGCAGAUCGGCCCAGCCAAGGGGCUUCCGGAGACCCCGCAGGCAGGGGCUGAUCUUCAAGUUUGUACAUCCAAAAACCUAACGUGUUGUACCAAAAAGAUGGAGGAGAGAUACCAGAUUGUAGUAAAGCAGGAUAUACAACAAGUGCUUCAGACAUCAAGCUCUACUUUAAAGUUUUUAAUAUCUCAUAAUGCAGCUGCUUUUCAAGAAACCUUUGAAAUGCUUAUCACAGAGGCUGAGAAUUACACAAGCACGCUUUUCUGCAACACAUACAGAAACAUGGCUGUUGAGGCUGCUACAGCCGUUCAAGAGUUUUUUACGGAUGUGGGACUCUUUGUAUUUGGCAUAGAUAUUAGUACAGAAGAACUGGUGAACAGAUUUUUUGACACCCUGUUCCCACUAGUCUAUAAUCAUCUGAUUAAUCCUGGUCUGACUGACAUUUCACUGGAAUAUUCAGAAUGCAUUCGAAUGUCACAACGAGAUAUCAGUCCUUUUGGUAAUGUUCCAAAAAUAGCCAUGGGACAAAUGGGGAGAUCAUUGUUAUCCAGUCGUACUUUCUUACAGGCCCUCAAUUUAGGGAUUGAAGUGAUCAAUACAACAGAUCAUUUGCAGUUCUCUAAAGACUGUAGCAGAGUCUUACUACGAAUGCAAUAUUGCCCCCACUGCCAAGGAAUGCCUUUAAGUAAGCCAUGUAUGGGGUACUGCCUGAAUGUAAUUAGAGGCUGCUUGGCUAACAUGGCAGAAAUUGACCAUCACUGGCGGAGAUAUAUUCAGUCAUUGGAAGAGUUAUCCAGUGCAAUGCAUGGGACAUAUGACAUUGAGCAUGUACUUCUGAACUUUCACUCACUUGUUAAUGAUGCUCUGACACAAGCUAGGAUCAAUGGACCAAAAGUAAUUGAACAGGUAAACAAGAUAUGUGGUCAUCCUGUGAGAAAGCUGACACUGUCCCCCAGUUAUUCUGAUCAGAACAAAGAUAAUCAAGGGAUGAAGAUGUCUGCAAGAGACCAUGAAGAAACACUGGCCAACAGAAGAAAAGAAUUUAUGAACAGUCUACGGCUGUACAAGACAUUCUAUGGAGGUCUGGCUGAUCAGCUGUGUAUCAAUGAGUUAGCAGCUGCUGAUGGACUAGCAUGUUGGAAUGGUGAAGAUGUUGUAAAAAGCUACACCCACCAUGUGGUUGGCAGUGGAAUCAAAGCUCAGUCUGCGAAUCCAGAAGUAAAAGUGAAAGGAACAGAUCCUGUAAUAAAUCAAAUUAUUGAUAAACUGAAACACAUUAUCCAGCGGUUGCAGGGCAAAUCACUUCCUAAACAUGAGAAGUGGGGUCUACUACAAACGGGCAGUGGUGGAAGUAUGGAUGAACAAGUCAGUGGAGACUGUGAUGAUGAGGAUGGUUGCGGAGGAUCAGGAAGCGGGGAAGUGAAGAGAAUCCUGCAAAUUACUGACUGUAAGUCCUAUGAUUCUACCUCCACUUAUUUAAGUGUUUUUAAGAGUGAAUUAGUGUAUUAGCCUCUAAGGAAUACUACUGGUCUACUUUUGGAGAUGAUUGUGGUAAAUUUAUCUAAGCAAAAUAGUUGAGCUUCAUGAAGUAGAACAUGUACAAAAUAAGACUGAAAAUUAUCUAAAGAUAGGAAUUAUAUCUACAUGUUCAUCUACAUUGCAAUGAACUUUAUCCUAAUCUGUAUCUUCUUAAUGUGACUGGUGUCUGUUGGCACACAUUUGGUGUACUGCAAAUCAUGAUACUUGUACAAUGAUGUUUUAAUCCAACUAAAUAGUGGUAGAAUGUCUUGGACAUGAUGAAUUACUGGUUUAACAUAAUAGAUACAAUUUUCAGUUGAAUAGGGACAUCUUUCAAAUCUUCCCUAGAAACAUGGGAGAAAACAAUGUACAACCACAUUGUGGUAAGUGGAUUUGGCCAUUACUAUUCUAUUAAAUUGACUAUAGCCAGUGACCACUCCUAAAUAACCAGAUACGGUAAUGGCAUGCUAUUGAACCACAGGUAUGUGGUGGUUUUGUGA